AUGUUAAGAGAAGAAGAAAAAGACCAGGCAUCGUCACCUGGCAAAAAUUGGAGAACAUACUCAAGAUCUGUCUCAUGGUCCGAACGCAGAAAAUCCAGUUCGGGCCCGCAAUGGAACAGCAAAGCCCGUGCUUGCUUGCCCCCACUCCAGCCUCUCUCCAUAAUCCGGCCCACUAUCGAGGACUGGCCCAAGGCUGGCUCGGAUGACCUCGGGGUGUGGCCCAACCCCCCUACCCCCGGUGCAAAACCCCACUCCUCCACCCCACGUGAGAACCCAGCUCCCGAUAGAGAAUUCGAGUGCAGAAAGGACAAGCUCGCCUUUUUCGACAAGGAAUGUUCUAGAAUCUUGAACCAUAUCUACUUAGGCAGUGAUGCUGUUGCGAAAAACCGUGAAACCCUCUUAAAAAACGGGAUAACCCACGUGCUCAACUGCGUCGGGUUCAGCUGCCCCGAGUAUUUUAAAAACGAGCUCGUGUACAAGACCCUUUGGCUGCAGGACUGCCCGUCCGAGGACAUCACGAGCAUUCUGUACGAUGUAUUUGAUUAUUUCGAGGAUGUCCGAGAACAGGGAGGACGCGUGUUCGUCCACUGUUGUCACGGAGUUUCUCGCUCGACUUCGCUCGUCAUAGCCUAUCUCAUGUGGAGAGAAGGUAAAAGCUUCGACGAUGCGUUUGAGUUCGUAAAAAUGGCUCGGGGCGUGACGAAUCCCAACGUGGGCUUCGCGUGCCAGCUUUUGCAGUGUCAGAAGCGGGUCCACGCUCAGCCCGCAAGCCCGACUUCUCUACUCAAGAUGUACCGAAUUGCACCCCAUUCUCCGUACGACCCGCUUCAUCUCGUCCCGAAAAUGCUGUCCGAACCUGGGCCGGGGAAGCUUGACUCACGUGGGGCUUUUAUCGUUCACGUGCCAUCCGGUUUAUUCGUCUGGAUCGGGAAGUGCUGCCCGCCCGUGAUGUCUGAAAAGGGGUUCUCAGCUGCUUUGCAGUUCAUUCGUUACGAACGGGCCAAAGGCCCGGUCGUAACUGUUAAAGAAGGUGAGGAGAGUUUCGAAUUUUGGGAGGCUUUCUGUUUUACAAAUGGUUUAAAAGAAAAGGAUGCGGCUAAUGAGAAAAAACUCGACGAGUACGAUUUGGAUUUUGAUAUCUUCCAGAGGGCGCUUUCUGGAGGAGUCGUGCCGCCUUUUCCUUUGGCGGAGGUGGGGCCCGAGACGUGCCUUCCAGUUCGGGAGAACGGUUGGAACAGACUAAGGGCAAUUGCUAUUCGUAAGGAAAUCGAGGAAAAUGUUUCUGGUGGCCUGCUGCGUGAUUCUCCAGAUUCAUUGGCUUCCUCUUAUGUGACGAGCAGAAGCAGUCCAUGCUGGCCGAAAAGUAACCUGACUCGUUCGCAGUCAUUGAAUCUAGUAGAAUCUUUUUCUUCCCUUUUGGUUAACAAGCCCCUGUCUAGCUCGACUUCACCAUCGGCUUCCCCUUCGACUUCAGACUAUUCGAGUUCUUUCACAGUUUCGCCAGCUUCUUCAGAUUUAUCGUUCGUAUCCGCACAAUCUUCGCCUUACGUAACUGAAUCUAAAGACGAGGGAUCUUUGGAUGAAAGUAUGUGCUUUGGUGGUAAUAUUGUGAAUUCGCCGCCGCCACCGAAAGAAAAAGAUGCGUUCGCUUGCCGUGUUUUGAAAGCUGUCGGUUUGUGCUCGACUUUACCUUUGCUCUCCGAGCGUAGGGGGAUGAUCUUGCUGCCGUCUAUCGACGAGGCCUGCCAAGUUUCAGAAAACUCGACGAGAUAUUCGGGUGAUGAUGACGUGGCGAAGGGGCGCGAGUACGUUAACUUUGUUCCCGAGGGGUCUUUUCAGAAAAAAAAGGAAGAAGGGCCCGUUAUGGAUGCAAAUUGCCGUGCGGUUGAUGAAAAAGGUGUAGAUUCGGCUGCGAGAUGA